UGUGUGUGGAGUGGACGGCGUAACUGAAGGAAGUGGUGAACCAAACCAGACCAGGUCCAGUGGCACGCGUACCGCAUCCCUAGUAGGAGUCAGGAAAAGAAGAGCUCCAGCAACAAGGCUUUAUCUAACUGAGACACCUAAAUCAACAGCGAGACUGCAUUUUUUAUCAGAUCAUUCUGUUCCCUCUUUCAUUCACUUGGCCAUUGCCCUUCUAGAAAUGGGGUGAUUGCCUUAUUUCAUUUUCCCGUUAACUAACCUAUAAGAAGCCCAGGGUGGAACUCCUCCUGAUGUCAGUGGAUUCAGACUCCAAACCCUAUUGCUUCCCGGUGCAAGAGGACCAGGAUGGAGCCUCAGGGUGCAGGCCAUCCACUUCAAGUGGCUCCAUGCCAAGGGGGGCCUCAGGUUGCAGCUCAGUCGCACAGCUGCACCGAAUGGGUGGCUACAGCCAAGUUGGACCCGACCUAGGCCUCCUGUCAGAGAGCAGUGACAGCAGUGGUCAGGACCCUCCAGCUUCACCACACAACAUUCGGAAGAAUGCACGCUCUCGAUUGCUCCCCGAAGAAGAUGUGGAGAUGAAAAGCAAUGGGUCCAGCGGGAGUGGGACAGAAUCACAUGGCAAUGAAAGCCAAGGCAAUGAGAGUCAUGGCAACGAGAGCAACAGCCACGAGUCAGUGGGCAGUUCCAAUGGCAACAGCAAAGACUCAGCCCUGCUGGAAUCUUCUGAGAGCAAUAAAAGUUCCAACUCUCACAGUCCGUCUCCUCCAAGCAGCUCAAACGCCUUCAGUCUGCUGAGUUCAGAGCAAGACAACCCUUCAACUAGUGGCUGCAGUAGUCAAGAGUCUGCCAAAGCCAAGACCCAGAAGGAGGUGCUCAAGAUUCUGAAAGAGCUGAAGCUUCACCUGCCAGCUGAGAAGAAACACGAUAACAAGUCUACCACACUGAACACCCUUAAAUACGCCCUUCGCUGUGUGAAACAGGUAGAAGCUAAUGAGGAAUAUUACCAGCUCCUGAUGAUCAAUGACAGUCAGCCCCCAGGCCUGGAUGUUUCUUCUUAUACCAUAGAGGAGAUAGAUAGUAUCACUUCUGAAUACACCCUCAAAAACAACGACAUUUUUGCAGUAGCAGUGUCUCUCAUCACAGGAAGGAUAGUCUACAUUUCUGAUCAGGCUGCCUCAAUUCUCAACUGCAAAAGAGAUGUGUUCAAAGACACUAAGUUCGUGGAGUUUCUGACACCCCAGGAUGUUAGUGUCUUCUACAGCUUCACAACUCCUUACCGCCUUCCAUCCUGGAGCAUGUGUACUGGAGCAGAGUCAUCUCCGCCUGACUGCAUGCAGGAGAAGUCCUUUUUCUGUCGUAUCAGUGGUGGUAAGGAGAAUGAGGGUGACCUACAGUACUAUCCAUUUCGCAUGACACCGUACCUGAUGAAGGUCCAAGACACAGUCCAUGCUGAAGACCAGUUCUGCUGCCUUCUCCUGGCUGAGAGGGUUCACUCUGGCUACGAUGCACCCAGAAUUCCAACAGACAAGCGCAUUUUCACCACCACACACACUCCGAGUUGUGUUUUCCAGGAUGUGGAUGAGAGGGUGGUUCCUCUCCUCGGAUAUCUCCCCCAGGAUCUGAUUGGUACCCCAGUCCUUCUUCACCUGCAUCCCAAUGACCGUCAGGUGAUGCUGACCAUCCACAAAAAGAUUCUUCAGUAUGCAGGGCAACCAUUUGACCACUCGUCCAUUCGCUUCUGUGCACGGAAUGGUGAAUACAUCAUCCUAGACACCAGCUGGUCCAGUUUUGUCAACCCAUGGAGCCGAAAGGUCUCGUUUGUUAUUGGGAGGCACAAAGUCCGCAUGGGUCCCGUGAAUGAAGAUGUUUUCAGGGCCCCUGUGUCUUCUGUCGGACAUAUGAAGACCAUAGACUCUGACAUCCUGGAGAUAACUGAGCAGAUCCAUCGGCUCCUGUUACAGCCGGUUCAUAACAGUGGGUCCAGUGGCUACAAUAGUAUGAACAAUGAUCACCUUCUGGGAAUGACCUCCUCUAGCGAGAGCCUGAACAACGUCAAUGGGAGCAUAAUGCAACAGGAGGAGGGGGAAGUGAGCAGUAAAAGCAGACCUCGAACCUUUCAAGAAAUAUGUAAAGGAAUUCAUCUUCAAAAGAGCCAAGAGCAGCAGAUGGCAAAAAUAGGCCACAAAAAAAGCAGUGCCAAGUCUGAAUCGAAGGGCCAAGCUGUAGUGCGACUCAAAGACUCGGCCCCUUCUAUAAACUGGAGGGACGCAGCAAUGGAGGAGAGCAGAGCCUCUUUCCAGGACGAGUUGGCCCUCAAUGAUCAAGCGGUGUACUCUUACCAGCAGGUCAGCUGUCUGGACAGUGUAAUCAGGUACUUGGAAAGCUGUAAUGUUCCCAUCACCAUGAAGAGGAAGUGCCAGUCUUCCUCCAACACCACGUCUUCUAACUCAGAUGAGGACAAACAGAAAGGGUCAAAUGGCAUGCAGAUAUCAGAAGAACCAGCCUUAUUGAAGGAUCAAUCUGGUCUCUCCGCUUUGGAUGACCCUGACAAAAAGUCCAGUGAAACGGCCACGGCUGUAGUGGGUACUUCGCUGCCCCUACCUGUUCCAAACAAACCAGAAAGUGUGGUGUCCAUAACCAGCCAGUGUAGCUACAGUAGCACCAUAGUGCAUGUUGGGGACAAGAAACCUCAGCCUGAGUCAGAGAUCACAGAGGAUGUACCGGGCACGGGGGAGACGGCAGAAUCCAGCCAGAACCCCGGGAAUCCUACUUGUGCGGUUUCACCUCCCAGUCAGGAGAAAGAGUCCUACAAGAAACUGGGCUUGACUAAAGAGGUGCUGGCAGCUCAUACGCAGAAGGAGGAGCAGGCCUUUCUGUUUCGCUUCAGAGAGCUUCGUGGAAUCGUGGCCCUCAAAGCAAACUACUCUCAGUACCUGGAGAAUCAGAGAGAAGAGACUGCCAAUGAUGCUGCGUGUGCCACCCGACCCCACAAACAAGAAGAACUGGUUGCAGAUGCAGCCAUGCGUCGGGCUUCACGGAACAAGAAGACCAAGUCAAAGCGAGCGAAGCACAUCACUUCCACAGCUACCACAGUGUCCCAACAGAGACAGCAACAGCUGCAACCUCCUCAGCCAAACCCUGGUCUUAAACAGACCUGGUUGUCUCCUUCUGAUGCCUCACAGUCCACUUUCUCUAUGGCGUACCCUGCCAUGAUACCAGGCUACCCCCUACAGGUUUACCCCAGAACAGAUUCCACAUCUCUUUGCACAGAAUCCACUCCACAAGGCUUUGUAGACAGCCAGGGUAUCCAAGUCCCUCCCUGCCCUCCUUCCAUUCAUUCUGCUCCCUACACCUCCCCCCUUGUUACCCCCAUUGUGGCUUUAGUCCUGCCCAACUACUUAUACCCUCUGAUUGGGCCUGGGCAUCCACAACCACCACCACCACAGCCAAUGUACCAAGUAGACUCUGGGGCCUUCCCCACCCAAAUGCAGCCUUUUGGCCAGGCUGCCUUUCCAAGCCAAGGUGCCUUCACAUCUCCACCUUCCUUUAGCAGUCAGAAUCAGUUCAACACCAACAAUCACUUUACUCCUCAAACAGGCUACCCAACUCCAUCAUUUCAUGCCCCUUCGUCCUCGGAAACCCCAAUGCCCCACGUGAAGGGCCACUCCCGCUCCUCCACACCUCAGUCUGGUGAAGCUGGAGGUGCAGCAUCCCCACCUUUGUUCCAGUCCCGCUGCAGUUCACCCCUCAACCUGCUGGAACUGGAGCUGUCUGUGGACAGGCAGGACAGUGCAGCACCCUCUUCAGGAGGACAAGGGAAUAAUAUGGCUGAAAGGGAGAAAGGAGCAACCAGCAACCAGACCAAAGAGAGGGAGCUGAAUCAGCCCUCUCUCAGUCUCCUUGGUCCACCUGGACCCUUGUAUUUCGAGGGCACAACCUGUGUCUGUGAGCGUUUGUCUUGGGAUAAAGUGUGGUCUAGGCUGGGGGCGUGCAGCAAAGAGAGGAGCUUGCAUGGCUACGGUAACAACAGUGAUGCUAACUCUACAUCCAGCGACAUGUUGGACAUCAUUCUACAAGAGGACUCUUGUUCUGGCACCGGCUCAGCCACAUCUGGCUCAAUGGCCUCAGGGUCCAACGGCUGUGGAACUUCAGCCAGCGGGACAUCUAAGAGCAGGACAUCAGCCAGUGGAGCCUCAGCUAGUGGGACCUCAGGCAGUUGUUCAGGAAGCAACAACAGCAGUAAAUACUUUGGCAGCGUGGACUCGUCUCAGAGCAGUCAGAGGGUCAAAGGUCACUUAAGCAACAGUGAGAGAAGACCUGUGGAGAUGGAGCAGAGCGAGCAGUUCAUCAAGUGUGUACUGCAGGAUCCCCUGUGGCUGCUUAUGGCUGACACAGAUGAGAAAAUUAUGAUGACAUAUCAGCUGCCCUCAUGUGACAUCCAGAAAAUACUCAAAGAGGACAAAGAGAAGCUGAGGCUGCUGCAUAAGUACCAACCUCGGUUUUCUGAGGAGCAGAAGAAGGAGUUGAUCGAGGUCCAUCCCUGGAUGAAGAAGGGAGGUUUACCCAAAGCCAUCGAUGUCAAGGGGUGCUUCUGCUGUGAUGGCACCUCAGAGACAGCAGCUGGGAUAGAGGACCAGCCAGACAUUGAACUCAGUGAUACAGAAACAGACCAUGUCAGCUGCCAGCAAAACCCCAAAGAUGAGCCCUUGAACUCUGACAUCAGCACCUCCAUCGGCCCUUGUCAGAGCCCUGACCCCCCUACAUAAGCAGAAAGACAAUUAACAGAAUUUUAGAGGGGCUACUGUUACUUUUUCACUUAUUUUUCUGCAGAACUCUGAAGAGCAAACUAAAAAAAGAACUGCUUUAGAUAAGCUCUCAAUGGUUUUGUCUUUCUGUAAAUGUUGCUGUAAAAUGUGAAUGUAUGUGGUGGACAUCAAAUUACAUUUUAUUUUAAGGUACACUAAGCAGGAUUUAGUAGUUGCUU